AUGGCAACUACUUUGAAGACAGUCGUUAGAGCAACCAAGAAUAUGGAAACCCAACUUAGGGAAAAGGGUCUGGAAAAAUAUAAGGAAGGAGAAAAGAGGAAGCUUGAAGGAUCCUCAAGAUCUGAUAAGAAAGGAAGAUUCUUGAAGUCUAACUUGGAUGGCCAAAAGUAUGGAUCCAAGUGGUGUGAAAAGUGCAAGAAUAUGCAUUAUGGGAGAUGCAACGGAGAAGUGACUUGUUAUAAGUGUAGGAGGAUCGGUCACUAUUCUAGGGAUUAUACGCUUAAUGAUAAGGUAUGUUAUGGAUGCGGAGACAAGGGGCAUAUGUCAAAAGCUUAUCCGAAGAAAAAUAAAGUAGCAAGACUGAAUGCGCCGAAGCCAAAGGCAAGAACAUUCCAAAUGAUCUUUGAUGAAGCAGGUAACGAUGCAAGAGAUUAG